AUGGAUUUCUUUUCUCGAGGGUAUAUUGCUUUAAGAGGAGAACGAGGACAGCCCCAAUCUGCAGAUGAGACAAUUGAAAAGCUUGCUGAUUGCUUAGAAACAGCAACAUUACUGGAAGAUAGACGUGCAGCCGUCCUAAGCUUGAAGGGCUUAGUGAGAGACUGGCCAGAGGAAGUUGGAAACAAGAGUUUUCCAGGAUUAAUAAAAGUUUUGCAUAUUGACUACAAGGAUACCGACAUUACAAAAUCACUUCUCGAAACUAUUUCUAUUUUGUGUACUGUUCACAACCAGUAUGAUAAGGAUGACAGAGGAUUCAAAUUUACAGACUACUUUAUCGAAGAAUCGCGUAAUGUCACUAUUCUACUUGAUAUACUUGAAGAGUUUGACUUUUAUGUUCGAUACAACACAAUCAAACUUUUAUCAACAUUAUUGUCCAAUAGAAGUAAACGUAUUCAAGAGUGUGUCCUGACUAAUCCAAUGGGUAUCUCUCGUCUUGUCGACCUUUUAGAUGAUAAACGUGAUAUUAUCAGAAAUGAGGGAUUGCUGUUAUUGAUCGGCUUGACUCGCAAUAAUACUGAAAUUCAAAAGAUCGUUACUUUUCAAGCAACAUUUGAAAAGCUAUUGUUUGUUAUUGAGGAGCAGGAAGGGAUCUCAGGGGACAUCAUUGUGCAAGAUAGCUUGACAUUAAUGCAAAACUUGCUGAGAUAUAAUGUAUCUGAUCAAGUCUACUUUCGUGAAACAAGCUGUAUUCAACAAAUCCCAGGACUUUUGGGUUAUGUAGGUGAUGCUGAUGCUGAUCACGUUCCUUUUUCCUUUGAAGAUUGGCCAGAGCAAAAAGUAGCAAACACAGUCCUGGUCUUACAGUUGAUCCGUAUUUUGACUGAACCUGGCAACAGCAGUACACCUAUCAAUCAGUCAGUUAUGGUUCAAAGCGGUAUUCUGUUGCCUAUCGUUCAGUUGGCUCUUUGUUCAAAUGUUCCAUCUAUUGUCCGUACAGAAGCCUUGUAUGCUAUUGCUUAUGUUGUAGAUGCAAACCGUCAAAACCAGGAUACCUUUGCUAGAGUCGUUGUCGCCUGUCCACCUGCUUUAGGGGAAGAUGGACAGCCUAUUCCAAAUGCGGCAUCGAGCCUUCCCAGACCUGCUCUGGUUUCCUUAAUCUCUAUUGCUCUGAUGGAGGAUCAUGGUAUGAUGUAUAGUUAUUCUAGUAGAGCAGCUGCAGCUUAUGUAGUGUACAGCUGUCUAUCAGAGAACCCUGAUGCUCAGCUUGUUUUGGCAUCUACUUUGAAAUUACCCCCAGAGGAUAAUGCUAACAGCCCAUAUAAUGAUAAACCUCAUUCAGCUGGGUCACUGCUUUUAGAAAUGAUUGAAAAUUGGGAACAGUCAUUAACUGAUCCAUAUAAAGCUUGGUUUGCUUGCAGUAUUUUAUCAUAUGUCAUCCGCAAUAAUGAAAAAGCAAAAGAAAUUGCAGGAAAUAUCGUAUUUGGAGAUGAGGCAAAGGGAGAGGAUCUCAUCCCUCUCUUACAUCAAAUCGUUGCCCAACUGUUAAUGGCCAUGAAGAACCAUAUGACGAAUCCUCGUAUACCCAUCGGCUACCUCACUCUAUUGUGUACUUGGCUCUAUGAAAGCCCCAAGUCUGUUGCCUCAUUCUUGUCAGAAAGCACCCAUGCUCAAUUUUUGAUUCAAGAAAUGCUUUCUUCAACAAAUGAUCCUAUCGUUCAAGGAUUGAUUGCUUACUUACUUGGCAUUGUAUAUCAAUUUAAUGAUGAUCCUGAUACUCCCUUGGACAGAACAAAGCUCCAAAGUAUAUUUUCUAGUCGACUGGAUCAAAUGAAUAGCUUAUUGGCUCGUCUUCGUGAUAGUUCUGCUAUCAAAAAUGCACCACAGUAUUUGCAAAUGUCCGAAGAAGAAUCAAUGAAUAAUAACAGCUCUUUACCAUCCGUGCUACUUGAUAGUAUGUUUGUAGACUUUUUUAAAUCCAAUUAUGAAAACGUUCAAAAGUCAUUAAAGAAGAAGCCUUCGAGUUUCAAUAAGAUUGAAAGCAGAGAGAGCUCUCUUACUCCUUCUAGCCCGGUUGCAACUGAUGAAACUGUUCAGUCACAAAAGGUUACUAUAGAUAAACAGACAGCUCAGAUAACAUCCCUUGAACAGAAAGUGGCAGAUUUGCAGGCAUUUGUUGAAUCAUUGACAGUAGAGAAUGAACUACUAAAGAAGAAUGUAGAAUCUCUUACUACCGAGAAUACUUUAUUGAAAGGGCAAGUGUCAGGAUUAGAAAGUCAGUUGAAGGAAAAGGCUGCUGUGGAUGAAUCAAGUUUAAUACAUGAAUUAAAAGACAAGUUAAAUCAGCAGAAUACUAAGUUUGAAGAACUCGAGAGAGAGAAUGAGGAUCUGCUUGUUUUGAUGGGUGAUCAAGAUUUGCAAAUAAAAAAGUAUAAGGAUAGAUUAAGAGGACUUGGUCAAACAGUAUCUGACAGUGAAGAAGAAGAAGAGGAAUAA